GUCCCGCCCCUUCGGCUACCCACGAAGGCGCGCGCUCAGCUUUUGGAACCCCGUGCGCUUCCGGGAAAAAAAAAAAAAAAAAAAAAAGGAGAGCGCGAGCGCGUGUGUGUGAAUGUGACGCUUGAGACGAGUAGAAAAAAGGUUGCAGGUUCGAGAUGUCUUACUCGUCACGCAGUUCCCUGGACUGUAAGGUGUACGUAGGUGACCUGGGCAAUGGCGCGGCGAAGGGUGAGCUGGAGCGUGCCUUCAGCUAUUACGGGCCUCUUCGGAGCGUCUGGGUGGCGCGGAACCCUCCUGGCUUCGCUUUUGUAGAGUACGAAGACUCCAGAGAUGCAGAAGAUGCUGUAAAGGGCAUGGACGGAAAAAUGCUCUGCGGGGCUCGCAUCCGCGUCGAGAUGUCAAACGGAAUGUCCCGGAAGUCCCGAUUCGGUCGUCCGAGCCGCAGACAGUUUGAUCCAAAUGACCGCUGCUACCAGUGUGGAGAGACGGGUCACUACGCGUACGACUGUUAUCGCUACAGCAAGAGAGGUGGCAGACGCAGCAGGUCUCGCUCUCGGUCCAGAUCUCGUGGUCGGCGCCACCACUCUCGCAGCCGCAGCUAUGAGAAGCGAUAUCGCUCUCCAUCCUACUCCAGAAAGAGGAGCAGGUCUGCGUCCCCAGGCCGCUCCAGAUCCCGAACCCCAGUUCGUCGCUCUCGUUCCCCGGUGCGCCGUUCCAGAAGUCCUGCCAGGAGGUCCAGAACACCAGUCCGCAGGGCCAGUCGUUCGCGUUCUCAUUCACGUUCCCGCUCCGGCUCCAGACAGAGAGUGCGCAGCGCGUCCAGAUCGAGAUCCAGAUCUCGUUCUCGCUCCUUAAGCAAGAAAAGAGACAGCCGUUCUAGAUCCAUCAGCCCGAGAAAGAGCCCAACACCAGACGCCGACUGAUCGGAUCGUCGACCCCUCUUCAUCCCACUCCCCCACACUUCUCUGCUGCACCUCUUUCAACUGAUGAACCUCCGUCGAUUUUGGUGUCCUUUUCGCUCAUGUUUCAUCGCCGUCACCCUUCUUUCAGUUUCAUACGUCUACACAUGUCAGUCUCCGCUCUCCGGCCCUCCUCUUUGCCUGUGUUAUCUUUUACAUCACGAGUUUCCCUUUCCAUUUUAAAAACUUAUUCUUAAAAUGGUUUUAAGCCAUUGUUUUUAGUUUCAGGCCCGAGACUGUGGUUUGUAUUGAAUGGGACAGUCAGCAGUGUCGGGAUUGGAAAAAAUAAUGAGCCGUAAUUGGGUCAAAGCUUGGCUUGAAGUUUUGUUUUGGUUUUUUUUUUUUUGUUGUUUUUUGUUUUUUUGGUUCCUCCCCCUGCUAUAAAAAUGCCAGUGGUCUUUUUAAUAAAGUGAGUCUUUACACAUCA